AUGCAUACAAUACCUUGUCGCAGACAAGCAAGUCCGUGGGGACCGAAGUGAUUAGUAUACAUGGCCGAUGUUAAAUGUACGUCAUUCUCAGUUGCUGUGGUGUUGGAUUUGUAACGCCCUCAGACGCGUAACAGAGGACACCUUUCACACUAAGCGAUCGCCACCGCGCGGGACCCUGAUAGCCGCUGUGCUGCUCUAGCUCCCCACCAGAAUUCCCACCGCUCCUCAACACACAACUGGAGCCUCAAUUCAUCUUUGAGCUUCACAAACUUGCAAGAUGCUUUUCUACAAAUUAAUACCUGCGGCUAUCGCGCUGCUACCCGCAAUCGCCUCGGCAUCAUCCGUCAUCGACCUCACGCCCUCCAACUUCGACGAUGUCGUCCUUAAGUCCGGCAAGCCCGCUCUCGUAGAGUUCUUCGCUCCCUGGUGCGGCCACUGCAAGAACCUCGCCCCCGUUUACGAAGAGCUUGCUGCCGUCUUCCAGCACGCUGGAGACAAGGUCAGCGUUGCCAAGGUCGAUGCGGACCAACACAAGUCGCUGGGCAAGCGCUUCGGUGUCUCGGGCUUCCCUACCCUCAAGUGGUUUGACGGAAAGAGCGACAAGCCUACCGAUUACAGUGGAGGACGUGACCUCGAGAGCUUGAGCAAGUUCAUCACAGAGAAGAGCUCCGUUAAGCCCAAGGUCAAGGGCAAGCUACCCAGUCAGGUCGUUUACUUGGAUGACAAGACCUUCAAGGAGAAGGUUGGAAAGGACCAGGAUGUGCUCGUUGCCUUCACCGCCCCAUGGUGCGGACACUGCAAGACCCUCGCCCCCGUCUGGGAAACUCUCGCCAAUGACUUCGUCACCGAACCCAAUGUCUUGAUCGCCAAGGUUGACGCCGAAGCUGAGAACUCCAAGGCCCUCGCUCAGGAGCAGGGCGUUUCAUCCUACCCUACCAUCAAGUACUUCCCCAAGGGCUCCACCGAGCCUCUCCCAUACAACGGCGCCCGCGCUGAGAAGGACUUCAUCGACUUCAUCAACGCCAACGCCGGUACCCACCGUGCCGUGGGCGGUGGUCUUGACGCCACUGGUGGCACCAUCGAGGCCUUCAACAGCGUCAUUGAGAAGUUCCAGGGCAAGUGGACUGAUGGUGCUGAGGAGGCCAAGAGCCUCGCUGCCACUCUCCAGGACAAGUACGCCGAGUACUACGUCAAGGUCUUCAACAAGAUCGGUGCCAACCAGGAAUACGCUGCAAAGGAGCUCAAGCGCCUGCAGGGUCUCAUUGGCAAGGGCAACCUAGCGCCCGAGAAGAUGGAUGACUUGAUGAGCAGGAGCAACAUCCUGAGGAAGUUCAUCGGUGAUGAUGCAGAGGAGAAGCAGGAGUUGUAGACAGCUCGCACGUGGACUGAUGAUUGCGGAUAACGGCAUUUAUAACACCAGCACUAUUGAUACGAUAUGAUGAGGUAGGGAUAUCAACAUGUAUGGAGCAGGAGUGACAUACGUGAUCACGACAAUGAGGAGAAGGCGAGAUGAAUAGGAUAGAACCAAAAGUCAAUACCCAAAUUGCA